GCAGAAGUAGUAGAACUGUUCAAGAACUAUCCUCUAACGCGAUUUAAUUAAAAUAUAUUUAGAUCUUUUCUUGUAGCUAUUUCCUUCCAAUUUACUUAUAAACAUGGGCGAGCAGCCGAUUUUUACUUGCCAGGCUCAUGUUUUUCACAUCGAUCCCAAAACAAAACGAACAUGGAUCACAGCCUCUACAAAAGCUAUCAGCGUUAGUUUUUUCUAUGAUUCGUCAAGAAAUUUGUAUCGAAUUAUUUCGGUUGAAGGUACAAAGGCUGUUAUUAAUUCUACAAUAACCCCUAAUAUGACAUUUACACAAACGUCUCAAAAGUUUGGUCAGUGGAGUGAUGUCCGAGCAAAUACAGUUUACGGACUUGGAUUUGCAAGUGAAGCAGAACUAGGGAAGUUUAUUGAAAAAUUUCACGAAGUGAAAGAAGCAACUAAAAAUGCUAUGACUAAAGCAAGCACUAAUGGGAGUUCAGCAGUGACACCUGUGACGUCUGCAAAUGCUUCUCCCGUUACUUCACGUUCAUCUAUCACGCAAAACGAUAGUUUUGUGUCCGAUAUUGCUGAACCACCAUUAUCAGCAACUGGUUCCAUUAAAUCCGAAAGUCCCCAACAUUCAUCAGUUACAAAUAAUAAUAAUACAAUAGUCAAUGAUCAUAAAACAGUGUCAAGCAAUUCAUCAACAGAAGGUAUGACUGGUUCAGAACAACAGUUGAAAUAUGAAAAUGAGCGACUGAAACUUGCAUUGGCUCAAAGUUCUGCAAACGCUAAGAAAUGGGAAAUUGAACUUUCAACACUCAAAAGCAACAAUUUGAGACUAACUAGUGCUUUACAAGAAUCUACUGCAAAUGUUGAUGAAUGGAAGAGACAACUUCAUUCGUAUAAAGAGGAGAAUCAGAGGCUAAAAAUCAGAUUACAAGAUUUGGAGAAUUUAAAAGGUGGAAAUCAUUCAGGAAGCGAAACAUUAACUGAUGAUUUAAGGAAGGAAAUAACGCUGCUCAAAAGUCGAAUUGAAAGUCUCGAGAAAGAUUUAAUGAGUCAAGAAGUUGAAUUAAAAGCAGCGAAAGUGAGCUUGAAAGAUAAAAACUAUGAUCCAAUGAUCAAGAAUCUCUCGCUCAAUCUCAUCGAGAAUCAUCAAAAUUUAUUUUCCGAGGAAAUUUAUAACUCGUUGCACCCACGAAGGGAUUCAAAUGUUAUUGAUAAGGACAAGAAUAAUAACUCAACCAUUUCCACUAACAUUAAAGCAAAACCAAAAAGCAUCAACGAAUCCACUCAACAACGUAUCGAACACGACUUUAUGAAAGAUAAAAAAAAUGUUAAAAUCAAUGAAGCCAAAAGUGAAAUGUCAUCAGGAGUACAAACGCUAAAAAGAAAACGAGAUUCAAAGUCACCGACAGCAAAGGUGACAAUUGAAUCUCCAACGUCAGAUGCAUCAAGCCGAAAGCAAAGCCAAACGACUGCAACCAUUCUUGUCUCGAAAACUAAAACUAAGACCGGACUUCCGAUGUUAUUAAAGAAAUAA